AUCAAUGGGUUCGAGAUAGCGACAUCUUUCCUUGUACAACAUUCUCAUUAUUUUCGUACGACGAACAUUGCGCCGUCAUUAUGACAGCUGAUACAGGAUAGCGUUUCUGUAAUCACUUGUUAGGGAGGGUCACACUGUGAAGAAAUCUUUAAUAAUGAGUGAAGGCGUGUUAAGAGCGGUGACGGAGGAGGUGGUACAAGCCGCUCUGAUCUCCGAUAAGGGCGACGGGGCCGUGGUGGUCUCCUGGGACACGGAGUCCUUCACUGCUAAGUUCGACGGCGCCACCUCCAAUAUUGCCAACAUCCGGAUACAGUACUCGCUAGCAGGGGAGGAGGGAGAAGUCUCCUACGUCGCCAAGGUCACUCCGGACAGAGGACAAACGACCGAUUUCUACAGCAUCAUUUAUGCCAAGGAAUGUUAUUUUUAUGCUGAGAUCAUUCCUGCACUCAACGCCAUACUACAAGGCAUUGGGGGAAAACCUCUGAGCUUCCCUAAGUGCGUCUACUACAGCCUAGAGCCGGGGAAGGAGAUGGUCGUCUUGGAGAACCUGCGGGAACAAGGUUACAGUAUGCAGGACAGAGCACAAGGCAUAGACGCCUCUCACUCCCUACUAGUCCUCAAGGAACUAGCCAGACUCCACGCCGCUUCGCUUCUUUUGCAAGCCGCUACACCUCAACAAGAUCUCUUACACAAGUUCCAGUCGCUGCAGAAAGAAUGGACGAAAGAGUUCAACCUGGGCGGAAACUUCGGUACUUUCAUAGAGAAUUACCUGAACAUCGCGAUCGACAUGUUUGAGAAGAUGGGCGGGUGCGAGACAGUGGUGAAGUGGAUCAAGAAGAUCAAGCCACAAGCUUGGAAGAUGUUCGACGAACACCUGGUCAAGACCCCGCCCUUUGCCGCCAUAACCCACGGAGACUGCUGGAUAAAUAACUUGCUCUUCAGGUACGACGAAGACAAUAGGCCGGUGGAGGUGAAGAUGUUGGACCUACAAGGGUGCCGCAUGGCCUCCGUGGCCACCGACCUCCAGCACUUCCUCAACAUGAACCUCACAGGACCUGUCCGCCGACCCAAUCUCCGCACCUUCCUGGCCACCUACCACGCCACCCUCACCAGCGUCAUGCAGGCGGGGAGCGUCGCCGUGCCCUUCACCCUGGAGCAGCUGCGUCAGGAGUACGUGGACAGGGGCUUCUAUGGCACCCUGUAUUGCCUCAUGUGGCUGCCUAACAUGGUGCGUCGACCCCAGGACAUGAUGGAUAUUCUGGACAGUAAAGAAGACGGGAAGAGAACAGAAAGGGAGAACGUACUUGUGAUGGUAGACAGGAACCCUCUACUGAAGCCUCGUGUGCUUUCUGUGGUGGAGGAGUGGACAGAGAAGGGCGUCAUCUCUUAGUUGUAAAUUAACAAUAUCGUCAUUCCUUUCUAUGGUUAAAAAGUAGACGGACGAGUGAGUUGUGAAAUAAGACAAUACGCUUACUCCCAAUACUGCGGAAGCGCAUUACCACAAGAGGAAAGAUAAAUUAUAUCAACUGUUUUUUUUUUAUUUUAACUUGAAUGUAUCCUCUGACGUCCGACUCCACUACUAAGCCUGCGGUCCUGCCUUGUUGAUUACUGAAUAUGUUAAAUAAAUGUGUAUGUGAUCUUGUUGCUGACUGUAAAA